ACUCGCGUCCGGUCCGCUGGCGGGUGCACUUUCUUUCCGCCGCCGCCGUCUCAGUGGAAGCGGCACGCAGUACGACGCUAUAACUCGGUUUAGUGCGCGCACGGUCGCGACGUCGUAUAGGAGGUAACCACUUACCGCGGUGUGUAAUACGCGCGACGCGUCUGGAACAUCGUCACAUCGCUCGGACGGCCGCUCGUCGCACUCGCUAACGUGUACGCGCCCGAUCGCUACCGAACGCUCCGUCUAUCGCUCGCUCGUUCGGACGGACGGACCACCGCGGCCACCGCGCGUUUAUGGUGCUCGGCCGCCGUCGACGAUGCGGUCGCAGCAGCUGCAGCAGAUGGUGGUGCACGUGUGCAUGCUGACCGCCGCCGUCGCCGCCUCAACCGUUGGCCACGAUUCGGCCACCGCUUCGGCGUCCGCGUCCACGGACAACGACGAGGACGGCACGUCCAGACCCGACAGACAGGGUGAUAAGCGAAUAUUCUUUGACGACAUAUUCGGUUCCGUCAGCUACGAGCCCGAGGAGAAGUUACCCGUGUCCAACUGCACUUGCAAUUGUGGAGUACCGAAUCAAGAAAUCCGCAUUGUGGGUGGUCGCCCCACUGGGGUGCACAAGUACCCAUGGGUAGCGAAACUCAUGUACGAAAGCCACUUCCACUGCGGCGGAUCACUCAUCAACAGCGAUUAUGUGCUGACCGCAGCUCACUGCGUCCGGAAAUUGAAAAAAUCUCGUAUACGUGUGAUAUUCGGCGAUCACGACCAGAGCACGACGACCGACGGUGAAACCAUCACCAGGAUGGUGUCUUCGAUCGUGCGUCAUCGGAACUUUGACGUGAACUCGUACAACCACGACGUGGCUCUGUUGCGGCUGCGAAAGGCAGUACCGUUUACCAAAUCGGUGAGGCCGAUAUGUUUGCCGUCAGCUACCCGCGAACCGUCCGGAAAACUGGGAACCGUGGUCGGCUGGGGCCGAGUGUCGGAAGGUGGAAAUCUGGCAGACGUUGUGCAAGAAGUUCAAGUGCCGAUCCUGUCACUGGCGCAGUGCAGGGCUUCAAAAUACCGACCACAGAGGAUCACCGGCAAUAUGAUUUGCGCCGGAAAGGGAAUCGAGGACUCUUGUCAGGGUGACAGUGGAGGUCCUUUGUUGAUAAACAGCGAAGCGGACGACAAGUUGGAAAUAGUUGGCAUCGUGUCCUGGGGUGUCGGCUGCGGUAGACCCGGUUACCCGGGAGUGUAUACCAGAGUUACCAAAUACCUGGAUUGGAUUCAAAAGAAUAUGAGAGACACCUGCGCUUGCAUCAGAUAUUUGUACCAAAAAUCAAAAACAGGUUGCGGAUCUCCGAACGUCGACACGAAGAUUGUGGGCGGCGAGCCGUCGGGUGUGCACGAAUACCCCUGGAUGGUCCGUCUGUCGUAUUUCAAUCAAUUCUACUGCGGAGGGACGCUGAUCAACGAUAGAUACGUGCUGACGGCCGCACAUUGUGUCAAAGGAUUCUUUUGGCCGCUGAUCAAAGUCACCUUUGGUGAACACGAUUAUUGCAAUGCUACCAGAAAACCGGAAACCCGAUUCGUCUUGAGGUCUAUCGUAGGCGAGUUCAGUUACCUGAAUUUCCAAAACGAUUUGGCGUUGUUGAGGCUCAACGACCGGGUGCCGAUGUCCGCGACAAUAAAGCCUGUUUGUUUACCGACCGACUCAAACGACACCUACAGUAACGGUGUGGCAAAGGCGGCCGGUUGGGGUACGCUGUACGAGAACGGAAGUACGUCGUGUCACCUGAGACAGGUGGACGUGCCGAUAGUAGACAACGAGCAGUGCUCCAAGACCAACUACACGGGCGGACUGAUCACGGAGAACAUGAUUUGCGCGGGUCACGAGAUGGGUGGCAAGGACUCUUGUCAGGGUGAUAGCGGUGGACCGCUGAUGAGACUCAUGGACAACAAACGGUUCGAGAUCAUUGGAAUCGUGAGCUGGGGUCACGGAUGCGCCCGUCCUGGAUUUCCUGGAGUAUACACCAGAGUUGCUAAAUAUUUGCCUUGGAUCAAAGAAAACUCCAAAGAAGGAUGCUAUUGCUCGCAAUAACAAAA